CAUUUUCAGGAAGAGGCAGUAUAACUGUUCCAGUAGUGGCGCCGGUCGGUGUUGUCCGAAACCUCGCUCGCGACACAGAAACAGAAAAGAAACAAUGUCCCCAUUGUUGGCCACUAUCAUCUUCACUUGUGUCUUCGCCGCUAGUCACACGGCUCCGCAGGAGCCGCUGCAAGCCUGGACGGAAGAUGUCGUUUCCUAUUCCGGAUUCCAGCUGUGGUCGGCCACGCCUCGCAACCAAGAAGAACGCGAAUUCCUCUUGAAAAUCCGACAGGACUACGAGUUGGAGGUAUGGAAAGAGGCCCGAUCGCACAAUAGCCCCGUCGAUUUGUUGGUUUCGCCCGAUUUUCAGACGGAAUUAAAAUUGCGAUUGGCAGACGCGGAAAUCCCCUACGAGGUCACCAUUAGCGACAUGCAAACGGCAAUCAACAACGAGAACCCCAAUGUCACCGACAGCGGCGACGAGUACGAAAAUCGAAAAAUGGCGGGUCGAUUUAAGCGGUAUUUGGCUGCCUUUAUCUCCUUCUUUCCCGGUGAGGAUUAUUUUACUAAAACUCAACAAUUUCCUUAUGCCUACGGCCAUAAAAUGGACUGGAACAGUUACCACCGGAUUGACGAUAUCUACGGCUACUUAAAUUACCUGGCGGACUCGUUCCCGCGACUCGUGCAACUAGUCAGUAUCGGUAGCUCUUUCGAAGGUCGUCCGCUUUACGUUGUUCGCAUAUCCUCGUCUUCAUCCGGAACCAAACCUGCCAUCUGGAUCGACGGAGGUAUUCACGCUCGGGAGUGGAUUUCGCCAGCUGUGGCUACUUAUAUCAUUAAGCAGCUUGUGGAAGAACCUAGCAACGAGAGACUGUUGCAAAACGUUGAUUGGUACAUCAUGCCCGUCAUGAAUCCUGACGGUUACGAAUACACACACACGAGCAAUCGUCUAUGGCGCAAAACCCGUUCUUCGACUGGAGCUCGCUGUCGUGGUGCUGAUCCCAAUCGCAACUUUGGUUACCAGUGGGGUGGUAAGGGUACAAGCCGAGAUAAAUGUUCCGAAAUUUAUCACGGAGCCAACGCCUUUUCGGAGCCGGAAACGCGGGCCGUUUCAAAUUUCAUAAGCGGCAAAGCCAAUCAAAUUAAAGUUUAUCUCACCCUGCAUAGCUACGGCCAAUAUGUCCUAAUUCCUUGGGGUUAUGAUGUUCAAUACCCAAUCGAUUACAACGACAUGAAAGAUCUUGCCAAUAAAGCGGCUUCCAAAUUCCGUCGCUACAAGUACACCGUUGGCAAUUCAGCCGAUCUUCUCUAUCCAGCAGCAGGUGGCUCCGACGACUGGGCCAAGUCAAUUGGAAUCAAGUACAGCUACACGGUCGAAUUGGCUGACACUGGAAAUCAUGGAUUCGUUCUGCCCGCCUCCUUCAUUCGGCCCGUCUGCGAAGACUUCUUCCCUGCGCUGGAAGUCUUUGUCGACAAAGUAGCCACCCUCAAAGUUUAAUUUAUGUCUACGAACGUAUUAAAAUUAUCAAGUCUCAUAUUUUAAAGCGUUUUCCAACCGCCUUAGUUAUACGUCAAAAAUACAGUGCUGGAAUGCUGAAACCUAAUAAUAUUUUGUUACGUACGUAUGACUUAAGACAUCCUCUUGACAUGCAUACUUUCUAUAAGAAAUACAUCGGUUAUAAAAUA